CCAUAUAUACUCAUCCCACAUACAUAUUGCACAGAGCUGCUAUAUCCAUUUGAAACCACCCAUUUACCAAAACCUUACCUUGUGCUGGUUUUGUUUUCGAGACAACAUAGAGCCCUCCAACACCCUAAGUAAGCAAUGCCCACCUUGAAUCUCUUCACCAAUGUGCCAGUUGAUGCAGUGGUGGCCUCUGAUAUUCUCAAGGAUUGCACCAAAGCUGUUGCUAAAAUCAUUGGCAAACCUGAGUCUUAUGUAAUGAUUUUGCUGAAUGGUGGAGUGCCUAUUGAAUUUGCUGGUACUGAAGAGCCAGCUGCAUAUGGAGAAUUGAUAUCUAUUGGGGGUCUUGGACCGAGUGUUAAUGGAAAACUGAGUUCAACCAUUGCAGAAAUUAUCCAAACUAAGCUUUCCAUAGAUAGUGCUCGAUUUUAUGUCAAGUUUUAUGAUGUUGAGCGCUCAUUCUUUGGGUUCAACGGCUCAACAUUUUGAGUAGCAUUUGGUAUUUGAGAAUAGAUAUCAAUGGAAGGUGUUAAAAGUGGAAACCUUGUGCUCGAGACUGUCUGGCUGAUGAGGUGAUUCUCAUGUUCUAUUGUAGAAUUUCUUCUGAGAAAACAAUUCCAACAACCCAUGGAUCAACUUGUUUCUUUGAUGAUAAUAUCGGUCUUUACCAUGUUCAAAUUGGAAAGUGAUAUCAUCACAAUCUCUUGCCUGUGCUCCCAUUUGUCGUAUACUAUCUACAUUAAAUCAGGUAGAAACUUGGAUGUGGAUUUGAGAACCCUGAUGCUCCCUUAAGCAAAAGAACAGUGAUGCUGGAUUGGUGAUUUGAAGAUUUCUUAAUUUUCAUUU